ACUCGGAAGUCGGAAGUAGCAAACGACUGUCACUGAAACGCUGCGUUUUGCUCGUUAGAACCGCCGAAGCAUGGGUGCCACAGAAUCCUCACUCUCGAGCUCACAGAGGCGGCCGGCCGAUGAAAUAACCACCGUGUCGGAGCGAUCGGAGGUCGCCGAUCCUAUACUAGAGAGGCUGAAGUCGCUAAGAAUUUCGACGCCGUUAUUGACUUCACCUCCAAGUGAGGGUAGCUUGACUGACAUUUUAGUGAGGAAGCCUUCGUCUUCUUCAGAUCCCAGUAUUGUGGAUCCGAAAGUGCUAUUCGAACUCUUUGCGAUGUACCGCGAGUGGCAAGAGGAGAAUGUCAAAAGGCUGAGCCAAAAACAGGAAGAGAUAGAGAAUAAGAUAGAAAUUGCGGACGCGUUGGCUGCUAAACUUCAACAACGUUUUAAUUAUUCAGUGACGGCAAUGAAGACAUCCUCACAACAUUUAUCUGGAGUUUAUGCAUUGCAGGUAGAGCUUGGGGAACUUAAAGGAAGGUUGACGGAGGUUAUUAGCAACUGCGAUGCAGUGUGCAAGAGAAUAUCUGCCGAGGGACCCGAAUCUCUUCGGUCAUCUGUUAAACCGUUAGUUAUCUGCACCGCACAGCAAGUAGACCAAUCUAACUCAUCUGAUAUGCAAAGAGAUCCAACCCCAAGUCUACCUUCUGCCGAAACCAAGUUAGACUGAUUCGGUAUUCUUAUUGUCUUGUACAAAUACUUUGUAGAGCCAGUGAUUCCAGUGACAUCAUGAAUAAUACAAAACAUUUGAUGCUAAAAAUAUCAUUGUUGAUUACCAAGUAUAUCUAUUUCCAGAAAAUGAGCUGAGUUUUAGAGAGUGAAAGUGAUGCUGUUGUCUCUCA